GAGACAGCUGAACUACAGAGGCUCUUGUAGAUUUCCUCUUAGGAGGAAGUGAAUACAGGAGUUUGAGCAGUGAAUACAGGGUGGGAUGGUUGUUAAAUCGCAUUUUGACAUGAACAAAACCUCAAAUAGACUUACUUGUGUUGAUGUUGAUGUUGAUGAAGCUAAAAGGUCAGGUAUGAAGAUUAGAAAGAGAAACGAGACAAUAGCGUUAAUCCUCACAGGUGUUGUGUGCCUCCUCAUUUUCAUCAACAAAAAUGACACUGAAGACAACAUGACACUGAAUAGCAAAGACACAUAUGAGAUGCUCCGUCAUCAAACUGAUUUGCUCAGAUCCGAAACUCCCCAGCCUUUGUUUUCACAAUGUCAACAGAAUACGUCUGCUUAUAAUGUGACUGGAUUUUCUACUCUGCCAGGUCAUAUCCAAGAUUUCCUGCUUUACCGACACUGUAGGAAAUUUCCUAUGCUGCUUGACCAGCCUGAUAAGUGUGGCGGACCCCUGAACUCUGCAGAUGUCUUUCUUCUGCUGGUCAUCAAGAGUUCUCCAGAAAACUACGAUCGACGAGAAGUCCUGCGGAAAACAUGGGCUGAGGAAAGACUGUAUAAAGGUGUGUGGAUCCGUAGGGUCUUCAUAAUUGGAACAACAAAAACUGGCUAUGAGAAGCGCAGGUUGAAUAAUCUGUUGAGGCUGGAGAACAAUGAGAACAAGGACAUUUUGCAGUGGGACUUCAAUGAUUCGUUCUUUAACCUCACAUUGAAGCAGAUCCUUUUCUUAGAGUGGAUGGAAAGAUGGUGCCCAAAUGCUAGAUUUCUCUUAAACGGGGACGAUGACAUCUUUGCCAAUACGUUUAACAUGGUUGAGUAUCUUCAAGGUCAAGAGGACAAUGAUGGAGGCAAACAUCUCUUUACCGGGCACCUCAUCCAGAACGUAGGGCCUAUUAGACACUCCUCAAGUAAAUACUAUAUCCCGGUGCAGGUUCAGGAGUCUGAGAGAUAUCCUCCGUACUGUGGUGGAGGAGGCUUUCUUCUCUCCGGCUUCACGGCCAAAACAAUCUACAAAAUGUCUCACUCUAUAAUUCUAUUGCCCAUUGAUGAUGUUUACAUGGGAAUGUGUUUGGAAAAGGCUGGCCUCAAACCUACAUCCCACUUUGGUGUAAGAACUGCUGGUAUGAAUGUCCCAGGUGGGGACGUCGACAAAUUUCACCCUUGCUAUUACAGAGAAAUUGUUUUAGUCCACAGAUUUCUGCCGCACAUGAUUUUUGUGAUGUGGAACGAAAUACAAAACCCACAUUUGCAAUGUGGAAAGACAAAGUCUGCAUUUUAGAGAAGCCUAUAAACAAAAGAACAGGGUGUGUGAUUAAAGGAAAACAUAAUAGCUGGCUGGAGUUGAUGUGAUCAAGUUUAUUUUUAAUUGAAUGUUUUUAUAUGAAUUAACUUUUUUUUUCUACACCGGGUUUUACCAGUGUCACUUCUCAGACAAAGAUGUGGUGUAUUGCACUUUAACUGAAAUGAAAUGGAUGGCUGAUUCCUUUCUCAGCAGUAGUAGUUGUAGUCUUCGUGGUUUUUAUGUGUGAAUUUAAAUUUAAAUCUAAUUUAAUCAGGAUAGUUCAUUAAGUGUACACUCAAAAAAAUGAUACGUUGGAUUUACUUAAUUUUUUAUGUCAACAGGUUCCACAUAAUUUGGUUAUGUUGAAUUUAAUUAACAUUAUUUAUUUCAGUUAACUUAAAUUUAUUACAUAAGGUUAACUCAACGCCAUUUAGUUGAAUCAGGUUAACAUUCUUAAUUAUGUCCAAAACCAUUAAGUUUAAUUAUCCUAAAAUGAAUAUCAAACAGAAAUUUAAAAAAGUAACCCAGUUUAAUGGAUUAGUUUAUUUAGUGGAUACAUUCAAGAACAAUUUUCACAAC